GCGAAUUUCAGUGAUAAUGGUUGAGGUUUGAUAAAAAUAAUGCAGAAAAGUUCGAAACUUUGAACAUUUUUCCUUUAUUAAGUCUUCAGUAUGUUCAAAUUCCUUCUUUGAUCGAAUCACAUCGUGAACAUCCUUGGUAAAGUAUAAAACUUACAAGAAAUCUUUUUAAUGCCUCAUAAAGUGAUGAACGAAAACACAUCCGGUGAGCUUUCUUCAGGUCCGAAGGAAUUGCAAAAUAAUGCCAAAUUCAAACGUCGCUGUAAAAUCUUCGACGAGAAACACCGUUUGCCAAUAUACGCAGUCAGAAAGAGUUUGAUUCAGAAACUCAGAGAACACGAUACAGUAAUAAUACUAGGUGAAACUGGCUGUGGUAAGACCACUCAACUUCCUCAAUACAUACUGGAGAGUAGUCUGAAUAAUGGCGGUGGUAUUGUUGUUACACAACCGAGAAGAAUUGCUGCUAUUUCUAUCGCUAAUCGAGUCGCCGAGGAAAUAAACGAGCAAUGUGGUCAACGAGUAGGUUACAAGAUACGAUUUUACAAUAAUACCGGACCGAGAACUGUUCUAACUUAUGCUACCGAUGGUACAUUGUUACGUGAAGCUGUCAACGAUGAAUUACUCGCGAAGUAUAACGUUGUGAUUCUGGACGAAGCUCACGAAAGAACUGUCACUACCGAUAUACUUUUCGGUAUCGUGAAAUCUGCUCAGAAGAGUCGUAAGCAAAAAAAUAUGAAACCUCUCAAAAUCGUAAUUAUGUCAGCUGCCUUGAACGUAGAUCAUUUUCAUUCGUAUUUCGAUAAUGCUCCAGUUUUACAUAUCGAAGGUAGAAAUUACCAAGUGGAAAUAUAUUUCACUAAAGAAGAUAUUGAUGAUUAUUAUUUUACUUGUUUAACAUCUGUGUUCAAUAUUCAUACCGAAGCUCCUCCAAAUGAAGAUAUUUUAGUUUUUUUGACCGGUCAAGAAGAAAUUGAGAAAAUGGUCAAAGAUAUCAAAUUAAUUUCAAAGAAUCCAGAAUGUACCGGACCUCCCAUCAGUGUAUACUCUUUGUACGCUUCAUCAGAUGCUAAAAAUCACACCGAUGUAUUCCAACCUUCUGCAAAAGGAACCAGAAAAAUAAUCGUUAGCACGAAUAUCGCUGAAACUUCGGUCACUAUUCCAGGAAUUAAAUACGUCAUCGAUAGUGGUAAAGUAAAAAUGAAAUUCCAUAAUCCAGUCACCGGUGUGGAUAUUUUAAAGGUGGUUAAUAUUUCUCACGAACAAGCUCUGCAAAGAACCGGUCGAGCAGGCAGAGAAUCAAAUGGUGUUUGUUACCGAGCAUAUUCUUCCGAUCAAUACGAAAAACUCAGCAAGAGUGUUAUUCCAGAAAUACGUCGAUGUAAUUUAUCAGCAGUUACUCUUAAUUUAUUAGCCAUGGGUAAAAAUCCUCGAACUUUUGAUUUCAUCGAUAAACCUGACGAAGCUAUUAUUGUUGAAGCGAUGCAAGAUCUGAAUGAUUUAGGAGCCGUUGUAAAGCAAGAAAUCCCUCGAUUAACGACCUGUGGUGAAAAAAUGGCCGAGUUACCUCUGGAUCCGAAGUAUUCCAAGAUCCUGAUAAGUGCUGUCGAAUUCAAUUGCUUAGAUGAAAUAUUGGAUAUCAUAGCGAUGCUGUCGACAGAUAAUAUUUUCAUUAGUUCGUCCAACGAAGACGUCUUUGAAACCAGAAAGAAAUUUUAUUCAUCGAUGGGCGAUCAUAUCACUCUCUUCAAUAUUUACAAAGCUUUUAAUACUACCAAAUGCAAAAAAGAAUGGUGUAAAGAAAACUAUUUGAAUUUUCGAGCGCUGGAAUUCGCUCAGAAUGUCAAGAAACAGCUCACAACGUACUGCAGCAUCUUUCGUUUCCAAAUCACAUCUUGCGGUAAUGAUUUGGAUUCUGUGAGGAAAUGUUUAAUUACUGGUUUAUUUAAAAAUGUAGCCGUGCUUCAAAGUGAUAAAACCUACGUUACAGUCGUUUCCAAACAACGAGCGAUUAUCCAUCCAUCAUCAUCAUUACAUCGAACAUUACCGUACUGCGUAUUAUUCUCAGAAUUAAUCGAAAGCAACGACUUGUACAUGAAGAAUGUUACCAUGAUAAAUUCAGAAUGGCUACCUCAAUGCGUACCGAAUUACGUUUCUAAAAAAGACAUGUACAAUAUACCAGAAAAUAAACACCACGAUACCUGAA